CUUAAUUCUGUGUUUGCGACGCGUUGCCAACUUUCUCCCGAAUAAAAGACUGUUUAAGUGUUUAGUCGCCAUUUGGUUUCUGAUUAUUUAUGGGUUUCUGAUAAAUAUUAGUCGCAAAUCGUUCGUUAUUUCAACAGUUCUAAUCCCUCCAAGAAGUUAUGACUACUGCUGCACGUCCAACAUUCGAACCUGCCCGAGGAGGGCAGGGCCGAGGAGAGAAAGAUUUGAGUGCAAUGUCAAGACAGUAUUCCAGUCGAGACUUACCGGGACACACCAAACUAAAAUACAGAGAACACGGACAAGGCACCAUAGAUGAGAACAGAGCUCGUGAUUUUCGUAAAGAAUUAGAAGAACGGGAAUCUAAAAGAUCGCGCACACUGGGUCAGGGCGAUCACAAUAAGCGUUUAAAAUUGGACCAGCUACCCGCCGCUAGUCUUGAUGCAGAUGAUCCCUUAGAUGAAGAAGAGUCUGACACUUCAGAAGAUGAAGAUGAUAUGGAGGCACUUUUGGCAGAAUUGCACAAAAUUAAAAAGGAAAGGGCCAUGGAGCAGGCGAAAAAGGAAAUUGAGAAGAGACAAGAGGAGGAGCGUAUUCGAAUGGAAAAUAUAUUGAGCGGAAACCCGUUACUAACACACUACUCGUCAGGAUCAUCUAAAAGUGACCAUAAGGUUAAAAGACGUUGGGACGAUGAUGUUGUGUUUAAGAAUUGUGCUCGCUCGGAGCCCGAAAAGAAGACUAAUAUUUUCAUUAACGACUCUUUGAGAUCAGAUUUUCACAGAAAAUUUAUGGAAAAGUAUGUAAAAUAAUUUCAGUUUGUAUUUAAAGUACCUAGUUACAUAAAUGUCUGUCUGUAUGCUACAACAUUAAAUUGAUUAAACUUUGCAAAUGAUAAAUUAGGUUUUAUUGAUAA